AUGCUACCCUUUUUAUAAAAGAAAAGAUCUAAUUCAUUCAAUGUGAGAAAACCAACUGAGAGAAAUUCAAUUCAUGCUGACGUAACUCCAUUAGAUGAAGGAAAAGGAAUAUUAAUCAUAAUGAUAUUGAAUAAUGAAGAAUUUAUAGCUGAGUUUAUCCAAAACCCACAUUAUCUUCAGUUUCUAAGAUAUAGAGAGUUUUUGAAUGAGCAACAAAUUAAAUAGUUUGUAGCAUAUUUAUAAGAAUAAUUGAUCUAAUCGACAAGCAAGGCACAAACUUAUUAUUACUGUACAUUUUCAUAAAAAUCUAAAAAAAUUGAUUUCAUUAACACAUCAAGUAGAGAUAUGUACGAUGUGUUGAUUGAAUUCGCCGAAAGAAUUAAUAAGGACAAAUAAUUUAAUUAUGUUUUUGGAGUUGACUUUAAUAUGAUACAUAAAAGCAAAUUUAAAAGUAUGUUGUUUUUGAGUGAAACAAGAAUCGAUUUAUAAAUUAUGGAAGACAUUUAACCAUAAAAAAUAACCAGAGUAAGAACUUAUUCUCAACAAAGUAUCAAUCUAAACUAAAAUGAAUCAUCAGAAAUGUUUGACACAGACAAUAAAUAUUAAUAAUUAACAUCUCAUAAAAGAAACAAAGAAAUUAAACAAUAUCUAAAAGAAUAAAAUAAAUUGAAAUAUGAAGCAAAAAUCAAGGAUUAAUCCAUAAUCAAGAAAACUAUGUAAACUGAAAAGACUGAACCUUAAAAAUAGUAAACUGAAUUACCUCCUAUUUGUGAAUAGGUAUUUUAGAGAUUUUAAUUGAUCUUUGGAAUUAAGACAAUUAAUAUGGAUAGAGAUUUAUUUUGUUAAUUUCUUUUAUUAUGUGAAAUGACGAUUUAAUAUACUAAAAAUAAGUUGCUUCAGACCUCAAUUCAGAAGAUUGAGGAGAGUAAGAGAUUAGAAGUACUUUUAAAAUAGUUAUUUUUCGAUUACAAAUUCCUCAAAUCUAUGAAUGUGAAGUUACAGUAAUUGAACCCGACAUUAACCAGAUGUUUACUAAGAUUCUUAAAAUAAGGCUUAGAAUAUGAUAGACAGAAUAGAUUAUUUUGGAAUGAUUUCCUUAGAUUUAAAUAAUAUUACAUAGAUAGGAUUUGGAUUGUAUCUGAUUUUAGAUUAUUCUUGAUGCUUUUGAAUGAUGAAAAUUAAUCCUACACUUCCAAGAUUAUGAAAGUGUAACCCCUUAAUACCUAAAGAACUAUUUUGAACCUUGAACCACUCUGCUUAUAGAACAUAGUUUACUCGUUAAUUUUUUGA